CUGAUUCUAAAUUCCAGUCCCUCCCUAUUCCUGCAUAGUCAAAAUGGAGCCUGCAGCUCAUGUCCUGCUACUCCCCUUUCUCCUUCUUAUGGCCUCCCUCAGCCCUAUCACUGCCCAAGAGGAUGGCGUCGAUCUCUACAGUCUCACUAUGGACUCCAAGGUGACACUGCGCUUUGCCCACACCACUAUCACCAGCCGUGUGGUCAAUAAGGCAAUAGAGGCCCGAGAGGCUAUUUUCCAGGUGGAGCUGCCCAAGAGAGCUUUUAUCACUAACUUUUCCAUGAUCAUUGAUGGUGUCACAUACCCAGGAGAGAUCAAGGAGAAGGCAGCUGCCCAGGAGAAGUACAGCUCAGCUGUGGCCAAGGGUCAGAGUGCUGGAAUCAUCAGGGCCACAGGGAGGAAUCUGGAGCAGUUCCAGGUGUCUGUCAAUGUGGCCCCAACUUCCAAGGUCACCUUUGAGCUGGUCUAUGAGGAGCUGUUGAAGAGGCAGCUGGGGAAAUAUGAACUGAUGCUGAAGGUCCAGCCCCAACAGCUGGUCAAACACCUGCAGAUAGACAUUCACAUCUUUGAGCCUCAGGGCAUCAGCUCCCUGGAGACUGAGAGCACCUUUAUGACCAAGAACCUGGCAGACGCCCUCACCACGACACAGAACCAGACCAAGGCUCACAUAGUGUUCAAGCCAUCUGUGGCCCAGCAGCAGAAGGAGCCUGGGAAGGUGGACACGAUUGUGGAUGGUACCUUCAUCGUCCGCUAUGACGUGAACCGAACCUCUGCCAUUGGGGACAUCCAGAUCGAGAAUGGAUAUUUCGUGCAUCACUUUGCUCCAGCCGAGCUGUCUACACUGCCUAAGAAUGUGGUCUUUGUCAUCGACAAGAGUGGGUCUAUGUCUGGUAGGAAGAUGAAACAGACUCGGGAAGCCCUGGUAAAGAUCCUGACUGAUCUCCAGCCUGAGGACCAGUUUAACUUGGUCAUCUUCAGUGGGCAUGUGACCCAGUGGAAACCAGCACUUCUUCAGGCCUCGACUAAGCAUGUGGAGGAAGCCAAGGACUUUGCCCGCAGUAUCCAGGCACAGGGAUCAACCAACAUCAAUGAGGCCGUCCUCGUAGCUGUAAGAAUGCUGGAUGACAGUAACAGGAAGGAGCAGUUGCCAGAAGGGAGUGUGUCCAUGGUUAUCCUGCUCACGGAUGGGGAGCCCACUGUGGGAGAGAGGAAUCCCGAGAAGAUUCAGGAGAAUGUGAAGGAAGCUAUUGGGGGCCAAUACUACCUCUAUUGCCUGGGCUUUGGCUUUGAUGUCAACUACGCCUUCCUGGAGAAGCUGGCCCUGGAAAAUGGUGGGGUGGCCCGGCGCAUCUAUGAGGACUCAGAUGCUGACCUGCAGCUCCAGGACUUUUACCAGGAGGUAGCCAACCCUCUACUGACCAUGGUGAAGUUCCAGUACCCAGACAAUACUGUGGAGCUGCUCACACAGGACAGCUUCAGGGUCUUCUUCAAGGGCUCUGAGCUAGUGGUGGCUGGGAAGCUCCAGCCUCAGCCCCAGGUUCAGGAUUUGCUCUCAGCCCAAGUGAAGGCCCAAUCGCACACCCAGAACUUCACCUUUGAAACAGAAGUAAAUGUUGAGGACAAAAAGAAAGUCUUCCAGAGCCCCAAGUACAUUUUCCACAACUUCAUGGAGCGCCUGUGGGCAUACCUGACCAUCCAGCAGCUGCUGGAGAAAGCUGUUUCAGCCUCAGGUGAUGAGCAGAAGAGCCUGGAGGCCAAGGCUUUGGAGCUGUCCCUCAAAUUCAGCUUUGUCACUCCACUCACAUCGAUGGUGGUCACCAAACCCGAGGGUCAGGAUCAGGCCCAGGUGGUUUCAAAGCCAGUGGAAGCAGACUCAAAGACCAUCAGAAGCAGGUUAACCUUCAGGUCAAGACCACCACUUCACUUUAAGAGUAAGAUACCUAAGAGGAAGCCAGGUGGCACAGUGGAUAAAGCUCCAGCCCUGGAUUCAGGAGGACCUGAGUUCAAAUCCGACCUCAGAAACUUGACAGGUGUUCAAAGUCGUUAUAAAUAUGAUGUGGAGGAAUCUCAUCACUCAAUUCCCUCCUCUCCUGGGCCAAUAAAAAAGAACUCUCAUUUCAUCUUGUCACUGUCUGGACAGAGGAAUAACCGUACGCAGGAGGCCCUGUGUGUGGAUAUCAGGGAGUUAUCCCAGACCCCCCUGAAUCUCCUCUCUGAUCCCGUCCAAGGCAUUGAGGUGACUGGCGAGUAUGAGGGGAGCACAGAUAAGUUUGUCUGGCUCCAGAUGAGCUACAGGAUUCCGGAGAUGAAGGUGUAUGUGACCCAGGACAGCAUCGUGGUGACUCAUGGCGGGAGAGGAAAGAGCUCCUUUUAUCGAUGGCAGGGGAUACUGUACUUGGUGAUGCCUGGGCUGAAGUUAACCUUAGAAAAUGGCAUCUUGCUGCUCAGUGGCUCAGACAAAGUCACCAUUGGCCUAGUGGCCUUGAACCAUCCCACGCCUGCAUUGCAGCUCUUCCUAGGUGAUCCAAGUCACUUCUCCAGCCAAGUCAGUGGAGUCCUCGGUCAGUUUUACCAGGACUUGCAGUGGGAUUCUGAUGGGCCGAACGCAGAGGAAGACAUGUGGAAGCUGAAUGUGCGGGGAAAGAAGUAUAUGGUCACCAGAAAGUUCGUGACAGAUUUUCAAAGAAGCGGAGGUACCACCCCACUGCCAACGAUCCCAUGUUGGUCCUUGGAACAGACUUUAGAAAGUGAAGAUUAAUAGCCAGCUAUGCUUUCCUCUUCUGCCCCUCCCCCCAUGUCUGGUGUAGCCCAGGCCAACCAGAAGCUGCCCCUACCCUUUGCUAUUUAUCUAUCUGGGACAAAUGGGGAGGCAAGAAGGGUGACAAGAUGUUAUAAAGCAGAGGUCAUGUCAAUACCA